AUGUCCGCCCCAGACUACUCAAUGGCUGCGACAAGUCGUUCGCACCUGAGUGUCCGUCUGCCAAAAGAAACUCUCUACUCUUCCCUUCGAGAAUCAUCUCGCUACUUCAACUUCGAUUCAGAAACUGCAAAGCUGGCUCGCGAUGCUGACGAGUGGCUCGAGACACAUCCUGGUGCUUCUGGCUCUAACAAAGACAGAGACGCCAAUGGUGUCAGUCGACCGUCGUCUAUUGCCCCGAGUAACUUUAGUGUUCGUUCUUUGCCAGCUGAUUAUAGCAUGCCCGAACAUCAUGGCAAGGAGUAUCCUCAUCCUGUCAUGGGUUCUGUGCGAUAUAACGAGAUUCGGCCUAGAUCCGCUGUUCCUACGGAGAGUACUGAGAAACUUCAGUCGGUACCUCCUGAGAGUGGAGCAGAACACUCGGGGGCUCAACAAGAGUAUCCUACAGGAGUGAAGCUCGCUUUGAUCACUCUCGCUCUCUGUCUAGCAGUCUUUGUCAUGGCCCUCGACAACUCCAUCAUUGCAACCGCCAUUCCAAGAAUCACCGACGCAUUCGAAAGUCUCAAUGACGUCGGGUGGUACGGCUCAGCAUACAUGCUCACAACAGCCGCACUGCAGCUCUUCUUCGGCAAGCUGUAUACCUACGGCAGCAUCAAGUGGACGUUCCUAGCAGCCAUUGCCAUCUUCGAGGUGGGUAGUCUCAUCUGCGGUGUCGCUCCCAGUAGUGUCACCCUCAUCGUCGGACGUGCCAUUGCCGGCGUCGGUGGCGCAGGUAUCUUUGCUGGCGCUCUUACUAUCCUUGCCUUUUCUGUACCUCUUCACAAGAGGCCUGUUUAUACUGGUCUUGUUAGUGGUAUGUGGGGUAUCUCCUCUGUUGCAGGACCCUUGCUUGGUGGUUUGUUCACGGACAAGGUGUCGUGGCGAUGGUGUUUCUACAUUAACCUUCCCAUCGGUGCUAUCACUGUUUUUGUCAUUCUUUUCUUCUUCCCUGAGCCGGUAAGGGAUAUUGAGCCUGCGACUUGGCGAGUUCGCUUCUGGCAGCUUGAUCCGAUCGGGACAGCCAUCUUCAUGCCCGCCAUUGUGUGUCUUCUGCUGGCGUUGCAAUGGGGUGGUGUUGACUAUGAGUGGAGUGACUCUACCAUCACGUCGCUGUUCAUGCUGGCUGCCUUUCUUCUCAUCUUGUUCGUGUUUAUGCAAUACAAGAUGGACGAGAAUGCAACGGUUCCCCCUCGUAUCGCCAAGAUGCGCAGUGUGUGGGCCGGCGCCUGGUUCUCAUUCAACACAGGUGCAUGCUUCCUGACGGCCAUGUACUUCCUACCCAUCUGGUUUCAAGCAGUUCAGGGUCAAUCACCCAUCAUGUCAGGCGUUCGAAACCUCCCCAUGCUUCUCGCCAUUGUGUCUUGCGCCAUGGCAGCCGGAGCAGCAGUCAGCGCAUGGGGCUACUACACACCCUUUAUGAUCGCCGGUUCAAUCCUCAUGGCUAUAGGCUUCGGCGUCAUCACUACUUUUGAAGUAGAAACCUCAACAGCCAAAUGGGUAGGCUACCAGCUCAUCGCCGGGAUAGGCGUAGGCAUCGGUCUACAACAAUCCCUUAUCGCGGUUCAGGUCGUGUGCGAAAUGGUCGACAUUCCCACAGCCACAGCACUCAUCGUCUUUUCCCAAACCCUCGGCGGCGCGUUGUGUGUCACAGCCGGCAACACGGUGUUUACCAACACGCUCAUUAACAAGAUCCACGAGCAUGUACCCGGUUUGGAUCCUUACUUUGUCAUUGCGACUGGCGCGACAAAUAUUCGCAGCGUUAUAAGAGAGGAGUGGCUGGGUGGAGUUAUUCAAGCAUACAACGAUGCUUUGACAACGAGUUUCUAUGUUGGUGCUGGAACGGCCUCGGCGACGAUUAUUGGGGCUCUGUUGGUUGAGUGGAGGAGUGUGAAGGGGAGAGAGAUUGAGAUGGCUGCUGCUUAG